AUGCCUUCAGAUUCUAAUAAAAGUUUAUUUUACUCUCGUUAUCAACCUUAUGAUCGACGAAAAAGGACUGAACGAGGAAUGAACGUCACCCUUACAACUGAAGAAUCAGAGUUAUGCAAUUUUUUAACUCUUUUAACUCAAUACAUGAAGGAAAACUGCCCAGAGCUUCCUUUGGUUGAAUUAAGAAUAGCUGGUGGUUGGGUUCGCGAUAAACUACUUGGUUAUGAAUGUAACGAUUUAGAUAUCGCGAUAAAUUCAAUGACGGGUUGUGAAUUUGGUGAACAUGUUUAUAAUUUUUUGAGACUUAAGGGAUAUGCUGCUGAAAAUAUUCAUAAAAUUGAAUCAAAUCCUCAAAAAUCAAAACAUUUGGAAACCGCUACAACAAAAAUUUUUGGUCGUGAAGUAGACUUUGUUAACUUGAGAAGUGAAGAAUAUGUAGAAGAUAGUAGAAUCCCUAGUAAAGUUACUUUUGGUACUCCUGAACAAGAUGCGUAUCGUAGGGAUCUAACAAUUAAUGCGUUAUUCUAUAAUAUUCACACGCGUCAAGUUGAAGACCCUACAAAAAAGGGUAUCACUGAUUUAAAAGAAGGCCUUAUUCGAACACCUUUAGAGCCUUAUGAAACCUUUAAAGAUGAUCCACUUCGCGUUCUAAGAUGCAUAAGAUUUGCAAGUAGAUUUGAUUUCUCAAUUGACGAAACAAUUUUGAUCGCUGUUAAGGAUGAACAAAUUAAAAAAGCGAUUAGUGCAAAAGUAAGUCGUGAACGUAUUGGAAUAGAAGUGGAUAAAAUGAUAAAAGGUCCUCAUCCAGCUUUGUCAAUUAAACUUAUUCAUGAACUGGGUAUAUAUUAUGUUAUAUUCGCCCCUCCGCAAGAUUAUCACGGAACUCUAGAUGAUCCAAAGACUGCUGCUUGUCUUGCAAAAAUUUUGGAAUGGCUCUUGCUAACAUCGAAUGAAAAUCAUCUUCACGUAAACCUCUCAUCUCGAACACCUGAAGAUAUUAGGACUCUUUAUCUGGCAUCAUUUUUAGCACCACAUAAAAAUAUAGAAAUUUUAUCAAAAAAAAAGAAUUAUACUAGUUUCCAUCACGUUGUUAAGGAAAGUCUUAAAUUGAAGAGUUUGGAUGGUCUUUUAAUUCGUGAUAUUGGAACACAAUGGCAAAACGCGUUUAUCCUUGCGUUGAUAUGCGAGUUAUUACCGAAAUAUCCCGAUGUAGAAUCGGGAAUUUUGAAAGAACCGUACAAUAUUAUUGAUAAAUAUAAUGAAUUGGUUGAUUUUAUAAUUGAAUUGAACUUACAAAAUUGUUUUAAUGAUAAGCCUAUUAUUAAUGGUGUAAUAAUAGGUGAAAUUCAAAAGUCGGUAAUAGAAUGGCAAUUGGAAAAUCCUGGUGGAAGUAAAAGACAGUGUGAAGAUUCAAAUGUAGACAAGUAUAAGAAUGAAAUUUUAACUUGGUAUACUGGUUUAAAUCCCGAUUCGUUAAGUGGUAAUUCAAGAAAGCCAGAAAUUCCUCCAGGUUGUAGGCAUGAAGAUAAAAUACAAUGUGAAAUAUAUCAAACUAUUUUGAACCAAUGUAACGGGAAGCGACAAUUAGACCAGGACGAUUUCAUGAAAAUAACGUGA